UUUCAGAAGUAAAAUGGUUAUUUAGGCUAUUUAUUUGUAUUUUUUUAUUAUUCAUUUGCAAUUAAAUUUUGUUUAACAAUAUAGCAUUGGCAGUAGGCCUAUAUAAUAGCCUACUCUUUCAGUCAAAAGAGCAAAAAUUGAUGUUAUACGCUAUAGUACUGCACAAAUAGUGAUAUGGUCGCUGAAUUAAACAUGCGAUGUAGGAAGGCCAUUUGAUUUUGAUUAUCGCAGUCCCACCGUCAGCAGCCUUGCAGCCAUCGUGACGUCACGAGGGCGUUCCCUCCCUGUGCGCCAGGUGCGUCUCACCUGAGCUCGGCAGUUCUUCCGCUAGCGACGGGAGCUGCAGCAUCCUCAUCCUCAUCCUCCUCCUGAAGAUGACGGCGCUCAGGUGCAUCGGUAGCUGCCUGCCGUUAUUUGUCAUGGCGAUCGUCUUCGACAUCCUCGGUGUGGUCCUGCUGUUCGUCGGGGUAUUCGGUAACGUGCGGAUGCACGGCGUGUUUUACGGGGAUUUCCUCAUCCACACCGGCGCGCUGGUCUUGUUCGUCAGCCUGGCCUUGUGGCUCAUGUGGUACGUGGGGAAUAUCAGGGUGAAGGAUGAAGGUUUGGCGCGCAGAUCAAGCGCCGCGCACAGCGUCAAAGAGCUCGCGAGGAAGCUCACCGAGAGACUGUCCAAAACACACCUGAAGGACAACACCGGUGAGAAAACAGGAAGCAAAGCUUCCACCAUUCGAAACGUAACGUGGGGAAAAUCCACCUAUUUCCCAGGACACAAAGAUCCUGAAUCGGAUAUGAUCAAAUGUGAUGAACUAGCCAAAGAAAAGUCAGACCAUGAUCAGUUCAUGUGCUACCAGAAUCAAGGGUACGAGGACGAGGAGUCAUGCAAACCAAUUCGGGAGGAGAUAGAUGACCAGACCCGGUCAGAAGACUGUUCUAAAUCAGAUGUGAGCAAAUACAAUGAAGAGUCUCAGGAGAAAAAGCCGGGAGAUGAUCAGUUCACUUUUACCAGAAUGAAGGGUACGAAGAAUCAGAAUCAGAUGUGACCAAAGACGGUGAUAAACCUCAGGAGGAGAAUCCAGAUGAUCAGCCAGAGAGCAUUGAUGUUCUGCUGUGAAAAGAGGUCCUAAAACAAUGACUGAAUAGCCAAGAGCCUUCAAUAGUCUUCAAACAUUUGCCAUCAGCAGUACAUUUAGAGAUGCUGCAUACAAUUCACAUGGUACAAUAGUACUAUAGUAAAACUGCUUGAAUAUAGUGAAACACUACCGUCUGUUGUGUUUAUAUGGGGGUCGAAGUUUCUCAAUGGCCUGAUAUCUAUAAAGCAGGGUGGCUGAUAUAAUACUGUAAUACAUUUAAUGCACACCAAAUUGGUGAAAUGAAGUGAACUCCUACUUGCACAAAAAUCAUUAGAAGAAUUUAUAAUGCUUCGACAAAACUAUUGUUGCACCAGCCAAAUGUUGAUUAUCUCAAAAUGGCCAUAAUAUUGUCUGAUGUAUAGACAUUCAAUGUGUGUCAUCGUGUCCACUUGUGUUGUGUUUUUUGUUAUCGUUGAUAUUCUGUGUUGUUGUAAAGAGUUACUCAGGUACAGCCCUUGUUUUUUGCACAUCCUCAUUUGUAAAUUCAUGCACCACCUCCUGCAUUGUAGGAAACAAUUUCCCUUUCAAAGUGGCAGGUGAGCGCUCAUGCAAACUCCUCCACAGACAAGUCAUUUCAUUUCUUAGCUACACUCUAUGCUGUCACCACCAACCAAACCAGUCCAACAGCAAAUACAAUGGACUGAAAGUGUAUUCAUGGGACCUGUUGCUUCAUCUUGGUACACAAGUGAACAUUUAAAACUGUAAGUGUAUGUAUAUGUGUGUGUAUAUAUAUAUAUAUAUAUUUAUAUAUUUCAAAAUAUACAAAAAAGGCCAAAAUAUUUUCUAAACUGUUUUAAAAUUAAUUUAAUGUAAAUAUAUUUUCUACCAAUAUAUUUUUUUGGAGAUUCACUCCCAUUUUGGAGUAAGCUUUAUCUGCCCAAACCUUCGCCUCUCUAUACCUUAGUUUUUUGGUGUGGUGCCCACCAUUUCCGUAGCAGCUUCAACACCUGGUUGAUGGAAUUUUUAAGUCCCACCCUCACCUGCGCCAUGUGUGGUCAUUUGUUGAGGGCUCCCACCGGUACACUCACUGGCCAAAGCCCAGAAACGUCCCGAGCACAGCAUUUGACCCGUUUGUUAUGAACAACUUUAUAAACACUAGAUGUAGCACGGGAGCACCACAUCUCAGACCAAAACUAGACUGGCUCUAGAUAUUAUAUUUAUUAAAUUAUUUAUUAUUAUUUAUAUUUCAAAAUAUACAAAAAAGGCCAAAAUAUUUUCUAAAAUGUUUUAAAAUUAAUUUAAUGUAAAUAUCUUUUAUACCAAUUUAUUUUUUGGCCUUUUUUGUAUAUUAUUUUUAUAUUUUAUUUUAAAUUAGGAUUUUUUUUUUUUUUUAAUGAUUUUGCCCUUCGUAUAUUUCAGUCCAAUAAAAUACAUUGUAACAAUGCUAUAAUUUUUACAGUAUUUUCUUGGCUCCAAAAUACAUUUAGAAAUAUUUAUGAUGGUUGAAACUAAAUAUAAUUUGAAUUUUAAAAUAUGGAUCUAUUUUAUUGAGCUUGACUGUUUACAGCAUGUUUGAAAUAUAUUUUGGCCAGUUUUUUUCUUCUUCUUUUGUGCCAUAUGGGUCUAUCCAACAUUGAUUGAUUGAUUUCUUUCCACUAAAGCAAAGCAGUGACUUGAUUUUACUGCUAACUAUUGUGGUUAAAUAAUUAACUAUAUAUUUAUAUACUGUAUUCUAUUUUCAGUAGUGAGCGAGCUAUACAUGCGUAAACAUGCUGUAUAUGAAAAAUUGGAUGAUGUAUGUAAAUAUAAAGCAUGUAAUAUUGACAUGCCAAACAAAUCCUGACUGUAAACACUCCCUCUUUCACUCACAAUACUGCGUUGCUGUUGUUUUAACCAAUGCAAUGUGAAAUGCAUGUAAAGUUAAAGUUGUUUUCAGUUUGUAUAAAUGAUGCACGCUAUUAAACCACAUUUCACCCAUAUGACUGUAUUGUUCUUGGUUCAUUAGUUAUGUUUGCUUAGUCACUAUUGCUG